GAUAGAAUUUGAACACACAUUUACUCUUUCAUUUAAUAAUAUUCCUGUAUAGAUAAGGAAAAUGAACCUGAGUACUCCUCAGCUCUUUCUCUAUUCUCACCCCCUUUAUAUUAUAACUUCUUUCUUUCUCUCUCUGUGCAUAAAUAGUACCUUUGAUGACCACUGCUACUAAUCUCUUCUCAGACCUCACAGCUUCCAUAAAUAAAUAACACUAGUACACUGCCCUUUUUCACUAACUUUUCGCUCAUACAACCAUCCCCAUAAAAACUCUCUUUUUUCCUCUUUUUUAUUUUUCAUCUGACUAAGUUACUAGUAGUCUCUGGAAAAUUUAAUUCAUCUCUUCUAUUUUAAAAUAUAAAUACAAUUCUUAAAUUAACCCUAGUUGGAUCCUACUAAAAAAGCUAUCUCAUCAAAACCAAUGCAAAAAUCAUCAUGAUUCACUCAUCAUAUAAUCACUGCUUUAAAUCCAUCUUUUUCACCUUCUUCCUUCCUUCCUUCCUUCCUUCCUUCCUUCCUUCCUUCCUUCAUUCAUUCAUUCCUUCUAUUCUCUCAACUCAUAUCUCACUUAUUAUUCCUUCUCUUCUCUAAGCCUUAAUUAAUUAUCCUCUUUUUUUCUUCUCUCUAGCUAGUAGUACUAUUAUAACUUUUUCAUGUUCACUACUAAUUCAUCACACCCUACAAUAAUGCAAACUUUAUUUUCACCUUUGUUAGAACCAGACCUAUCCUUAAACAUAAGUCCACCUUCUAUUUCAGAUUCUCAAGUCAAAGAAAUGAAAAACUAUGAUAAAGGAUUAAGUACUAAAGCACUUUAUAAUGAUAAUAUAUGUUCAAUAUCAACUUCUGAUUCAGCUAGUAGUGAAAGUGAGUUAAGUCAUGAAAAUCCCUUUAUCUAUCAUCAUCAACAUGUACAUCAUCAUGAGCCAACAUUGAGAUUAGGAUUUGGAAACUCAGAUUUGAUGAAUCCACAUCAUCAUAAUCAUCAUCUUCAUCGUCAUCAAGUACAAGAUGUAUCAAGAAACUUCAACCAUCAACACUUCCAACCUCACAUCUAUGGUCGCGACUUCAAGCGAAAUACAAGAGUUGUUAAUGGUGUCAAAAGAAGUGUUAGAGCUCCAAGAAUGAGAUGGACCACUACCCUUCAUUCUCAUUUUGUUCAUGCCGUUCAACUUCUCGGUGGUCAUGAAAGAGCAACUCCAAAAUCUGUGUUAGAAUUAAUGAAUGUGAAGGAUCUAACCCUAGCACACGUCAAGAGUCACUUACAGAUGUAUAGAACAGUGAAGACCACUGACAAAUCAGGAGCAGGUCAUGGUAUGGUACAGACACAAGGGAUUAAUAAUAUUGUUCCUUUGCAUGGAGCUAAUUCUUGUGAGAGACCAAAUUUACCACAAGACAGGACAUGUUGGCAACCAUCAAAAGAGACAAAUACAAACAAUACCUCAGAAAAAUCCGAAAUUGGUUUGAUGUAUUCUCAUUUCAAGGAAAAUGAUACCAUGGUGAAGAGGUUGGAUUCUACCCAAUUGUCACAUUCCAACUCCAUGAUUGACUUAGAAUUCACACUUGGAAGGCCUAAUUGGGAAAAAGACCAAGCUGAAUCAUCAAGAGAAUUAGCUUUUCUUAAGUGUUAAAUUAAUUAAUAAUUAAUAAACACUAAUUAACAUUUCCUUGUUAUUAGUUAAUUAAUGAAUACUACUACUACUACUACUACUACAUUGCUAGGAAAUAUUCCAUGUGAAUGAUUUAAUAUAUCUAUCUAAGUUUUGUAUGAAAAGGAAAUGAGGAAUAUUGAGAUAAAAA